AUGGCCGCUGUGCCGCUAGUAGCCGUCGAAAUCGAGGCUGAGGAGUCUGAUGAUGAAGAAUUGGAUGUGGCAUGGAAAAAUCAUCCGGCAAGGGCUGUGUUGAAAGCAGCAUUCAAAGAUGGUACCAUACCCUUGAAUUACAGGGGAAUGCAGAAUGCAGGUCUGAUAACAACCGAUGUUGCCGAGGCCUAUUUGCAACCAGCUGAAUGUAACCUGGAUCACUUCCUCUACACCAUGCACUUCUUGAAGGCAUAUCCCAGAGAGAAACAGCGGCAGAACAAAUGGCACAUUUGUGAUCAAAUUUUGAGAGAUACAGGGUGGCUGAUAGCAGGAAAGAUUGCUGCCAUGAAAAUAUUUAAAAUUGUUUGGCUAGAUACGGGAGAUGAUAUCUGGGUUGGUUCGGUUGACGGCACACAUAUCAAAUCAUGGGAACCCACACACGACAAAUAUCCCAAAGAUAGGACUGCAUUCUCUUUCAAGCAUCACUUCUCUGGUUUCAACUGUGAAAUUGCCCUUUCUUUGAAAGAGAGCAAAAUUAUUUGGAUUAAUGGCCCCUUCAAAGCAGGUACAAAUGAUAUCAAGAUGUUCACAUCUGAGGGAGGCCUAGCCGACAAACACCGCGAGACAGGACAGAGAGUAAUUGCUGACCAUGGCUACAAAGGUCAUGAUGAUGUUAUUAGUCGGCCCAAUUCGCUUGAUUCAGCCAAGGUUUCCAAAUUCAAGAACCGAGCACGAUCACGACAUGAGGCCGUGAACGGCUUGCUAAAGCACUUCAAAUGCACCGAUUCAAGCAGUUUUCGCCAUGGAAUUGAGAAGUUUAGCAUAUGCUUUGAAGCAUCGGCCGUCGUCACCCAAUAUCAAAUGGAAUUGGGUGAGCCAUUGUUUGAAAUCUAG